UAAGUAAUUUUUAAUUUGAGUAAUUUAUUUUAAGUAAUGAAUCUAUUAAGUGUUACAAAAUGUUAUGUCAUAUUUAUAAUAAAUAAUAAUGGUGUUACUAUUAUUAGUUAUAAUCAUGCCAAGAAAAUGUUCAAUAGUUAAUUGUACCACAAAUUAUUUAACAUCAACUUCAGAAGAAAAGCUUCAUGUUUACAUGUUUCCAAGUGACCCACAAAAGUUACAAUAUUGGUUGUCAUCUAUUCCAAAUGCGUUUGAAACAGUAACUUCAAAUAUGGGUGUGUGUGAAAAACACUGGCCACCAGGCUGCAAAAUGCACAAGCCUCCUCGAUCAAAGUUUGAGGUUCCUGUUGAUCCCCCAUCUAUUUUUCCUGGAUGCACAUCUUCAAUGGUGCGCCAAACAGUCUCAACACAACCAAGAUCUACAAAUAUAAAUAAAAUUUCUUUAACAUCACGAAAUGCAAUAUCUGAUGAAUUGGAUGAUUUCAAUCAAAUUGAUUUAAUUAAAUUUUAUGAUGUUGAAAUAAUGUUGUCUGAAAUAAAAGAAAGAUAUCCUCAAUACUUUGCGUUCAUUGAAAAUUCAAAAGUCAUAUUGUUUGAUGUUUCUCGAUCAUGUCUACCUGAAACAAUAUUUUCUGUUGAAAUUAACUGUCAUUCGCGUCAAGUUAAUAUUUAUUGUAGGCAUACAAAAGUUAACUGCUAUGACCUGCUCAGUUUUUCUCAUUGUCUUACUCGGUGGUCACAGCUUGAAGCUAUUGUCAAAAGAGUUUGUAGCUCUAGUCCUGAAAUAAAAGAUGAGGUAUUAAGUUUGAUUAGUCAAAUUGAAAAUACAUACAGUGAUACUUCUGAAGAAAUUUUUUUCCUCAUUGAACAACUACGCCUCACCACUUAUUCUCCAAAUGGACUACGCUUUUCUACUUUAUGUAUACAACGUGCACUUGAACUGUAUUUGUCCUCCAGAUGUUGUUAUCGACAUUUAAGAAAUCUGGUUUGUUUGCCCAGUCCAAAGACUCUCAUUUCUAAAUUAGGAAGAGUUGGAGAAGUUGGAAAUGAAAAAGAGUGCAAUAAUACAAUCAAAGUUGUUUUUGAAAAUUUUAAUAGUUCUGAAAAGCGUUGCUGCCUUCUCUUUGAUGAGAUGUAUAUUAAACCAAGUGUUAGUUUCAGAGGAGGACACCUCAUUGGAUAUAGUGAGGACAAUCCCACUAAAAUUGCAAAAACGUUAUUAGUCUUUAUGAUUAAACCUAUGUUUGGUAAACCUUCUUUUGUUUGUAGAAUUGUACCAAUAUUUAAACUGUCAGUGCACUUUCUUCACGAUUUGAUUAUAAACAUAAAUAAACAAAUAAUUGAUGCAGGAGGAGAAUUACUGUGUCUUUUAUCAGAUAACCAUCCCACAAAUCGAAGUGUUUACCAAAGUUUCGUUGUUAAUAAAAGUUUUCCAUGGCAAGGUGUUAUAGAAAAAGAAAAACCAGUUAUUAUGCUACACGAUCCAGUUCACUUGUUUAAAAGUAUAAGAAAUAAUUGGUUUACGGAAAAAACACAAACAAUUAGUUUAAAAAUUAAUAAUCAACCUCUCUCUGGUGAUUGGUCUCACAUUGUUCAAUUAUAUAACAGACAGAAAACUUGUGUUGCCAAAACUACAAAGCUUUCACGCAAGUCAGUGUACCCUAGUUUGAUUGAUAGACAAAAUGUUGCAAACAUGGUUGCUGUAUUUAAUGAAAAAACUGUUGCAGCAUUGAGAUUGGCUAAUUUUGAGAACACUGCCUGUUUUUUAGCACCAAUUGUUUCAUUAUGGAACAUGCUAAAUGUUAAGAGGAAAGGUUGUGAUGUUUUACUUAAUGAUAUCAAUAGGUCUCCUUUCCAGACACUCGAUGACCUUAGAUUUAAUGAAAUUUUAGCAUUUGCUGAUGCAACUUCUAAGAUGUCAGAGGGAAAGGGAUUAAAGCGUCAUAAUACUUUUACACCAGAAACAAAACAUGCUUUAGUUAACACCCUACAAGGAUUGGUGGAAUUAAUAAAAAAACUGCUUUCAGAAGAUCACCAAUAUGUUCUUCCCGGUAUUUUUCAAACAGAUCGUCUUGAAGGUGAAUUUGGCAUCUACAGACAACUAAGUGGCGGAAAUUAUUUUAUCUCAGCAGAACAAGUAUUGAACAGUUUGCACCUUCAGCGGUUAAAAUUAUUCAGCAAAAUAGUUUCUUUGGAUGAAACUGACAUUCAUUGCUCACGCAUACAUUCAGACUGUUGCACAAUGGAUCUAUUGGAAGAGGAUAUUAUUUAUUUAGAUGAAUGUUUAAUUAAUGCAGACAAUGAAUCUAUUAAUGAUCAGGAGAAUGCUGCCCUUUUUUAUAUGGCUGGUUAUGUACAGCACAAGAUCAAUCCGCAGCGUAUAGUUGAUACAACAACAUCACAAUCAGCUAGUUCUGAAUUUACAGAUUAUGUUUCACGUGGUAAAUUGCGUUAUCCUGGUGAUACUCUUCUCCAGUUUAUUUGUGUUUGUUAUCUACUGUUUAACAGCGUUCCAAUGUCUGAAAAACGUUUUCAAUGUGUUGUUUAUUUAAAGAAAUUAUUUUUAUUCUUGCAUUCAACAUUACCAUUUGAUUUAGAAACAGACAGUAUAGGUAUUUCAAAAGUUAUAUCAAUAAUAACUAACUGUUUCUUAAAAGGUGUUACGACCCUUUUAUAAUACAUCUGAUAUUGUUUCAUUAAACAUUGAGGACAGAAAAAGAAAGAAACUCAAUACUUAGUGGUCUGAUUAUUUAGUUGACGUUGGUGAUAUAAUUAAUAACGUUUUGAAAUGUAUUUAUGGCUUUAUAUUUAUAUGGUUUAAAAUUUGUUUAUAAUUAUAUAUUUAUUAUUAUGAUAUGAAUAUAUAGUAUGAUAAGUAGUGAUUAAUUAGUUUAUUAACA